CUACGUACGUAGGGUCGUGUGUAUACGAUAUUUUUAAUAUAAUCGUGUUCGGUAAGAAACUGGUUUCGUUUAACGCGUUGUACUCGAUGAGGAGCGAAAAUCAUAAUAACGCGCAACGCGGGACAGCAGCAGUCCAGUACGUCCAUCCGUUGAUACAGCAACGGCAAAAGUAAUAUUAUCGCGUUUGCUACAGCUGUACGGAUUGAAAACUAAAAAAAAAAUCAAAAAAAAAACCGCCAUGCAGUCCGUGUUAUUUGCAGCCACCGUUGUCGUGGCUCUCGCGACGAUUUCGGCCAACAGCAUCGAACCGUUGAAAGUUUCGGUUUACUACGAAUCUCAUUGUCCAGACAGCAGAGAUUUUAUUAUGACACAACUUCAUCCGCACUUCUGUAAAGUACAACAAUACUUGGAUUUGAAUUUAGUGCCAUUCGGUAAAGCUUAC